AUGUGUAACACCUGUGGACCUCCCACCUCCAUGAAAGCUGUUCAGGGUGUUGGAUCUUCAGGCCCUUCUCUGGCAGCUCAAGACAGAGUAUUACAGACCUCAGAGACCUUGGUCCUCAUUUAUCUGAGCCUAGGCACCAUGAGAAGUGUCGGUCACUGCUGCUGCAAUUCCCUGGGACUUCAAAGGACAGAAGCCCUAGAAUCAGGACAGAUGGCCUGUGCUUUGACACACAUGGAAGACUUGGAAAUGUGCCUAAAAGAAGCAGAAGAAAAGGCUAAGACAUUAACAGAGCGGCUUGCAGUGUCUGAAGGAACCAAGUCAAAGCUACUUGAGCAAGUGUCCUGGCUAGAGGAACAGCUAGAGGCAGCUGACAAUAGGGAGGCAAGGGGGGAACCAUACGAAGAAAUCAUGCAUGCCAAAAACCAGUGCAUAGAGAAAUUACAAGCUGAAGUCAAAGCUUCACAGGAACAACUUGCUGCUCAUAAACUUAAGCACAAAAGGAAAAUGAAAAAGCUACAGACUGAUCUGGCAACAGCUAAGCAGGAGGCUGCCAUCACAGUGCUGGAACUCGGUGAGAAGCUAAAGAGUUUAUAUGAAGGAAAGCCAACCCCUAGAGAUGGAUGGCAGGCUUGGAAGAUGAGCGAGGCAGAAGAAAACUCUCUGGAAGAGUCCUGCAGAAGCCUUCCACCUGUGGAAGAAGGAGAUAGAAGAAUUAGUCUGAUUAUGGAGUUGUCUACACAAGUUUCACUACAGACAGAGAAGAUCAAUCAGCUAGAAGAAGUUUUGGAGGAAAGGGAAAAGAAGAUACAGCAGUUGGAAGCAGAGCGAGAGUCUCCAAUGUCAAAACUGAAAGCCUUCCAGAAUAUUUACUAG